AGAUAAAAGAUAAAGAUGUAAAAUUACAAAGUUGUCGUCUUGGACUAAUUUCUGUUAUUCCCAGAGGAUAUUUUCCUUUCUGGUGCUGUUUUAAAAAGCUCAGCUAACUGUAAAGUUACAAUGACACUAUCUAGAAAACUAAAGAAGAAGGAGAAGGAGGUGGGUUUGUGUCAUGACGAGGGGUUUGUGGAGGAGCUGCUCCCCUCCCUCCCUCCUCCCUCCUUCCCUCUCUGACUGGGAGUGAGUGAGUUUAAAAAGGGUUGGACUUUCCCUAAUUUACUGCUCGGAGCUUAGCAUGGCUUCAGUUUGAGUCUCCUGAGAGCCAGAGUUCAGUCUAAACUUCUGGCAUCACACCACCAACACCGCUACUGAACCUGGAUCCAGACCUGGAGGAGGACUCGCUGCUCAGGACAUGGACCCAAACUAACUAACUAACUAGCUAACUAACUGAGUGAGUCUGGAUGAAGAAUCUGAGAAUCUGCUGCUGAACUUGAACUUUCCAGUGUUCCCUGGCUGCCAGCAGAGCUUCAGAGUUAGUCAUGGUCCCCUCAGUGCACUGGCUCCUGCUGCUGUGGGGACUUCAGGGUCUGCUGCUGGCUCAGGACUAUGAAGAAGACUACGAGGAAGAGGUGGUGGUCCCCAAGAAGAAGAACAAACUAACUUCUCCCAAUUCCAUCACGCAGAACGGACAAUUUGAAUCCUGCAGCCUGGAGCUAGCCUUCCUGAUCGACAGCUCGGAGAGCGCCAAGGACAACCACGCCCAGGAGAAGCAGUUCGCCCUGGACGUGAUGAACCGGCUGCAGAACCUGAAGCUGCAGACGGGGCGGGGCCUCCAGUCGCGGGCGGCGCUCCUCCAGUACAGCAGCCACGUCAUCGUCGAGCAGACCUUCAAACAGUGGCGAGGCAUUGAGGACUUCAAGAGCCGCGUGGCGCCCAUCGUCUACAUCGGCCACGGCACCUACACCACCUACGCCAUCACCAACCUCACCCGCAUCUACCUGGAGGAGUCGGACGCCAGCAGCAUCAAGGUGGCCGUGCUGCUGUUCGACGGCGUCUCCCACCCCAGGAACCCCGACAUCUUCUCCGCCGUGGCGGACGCCAAGAACCAGGGCGUCCGUUUCUUCACCAUCGGCAUCACGCCGGAAGCCAACGAGCCCGCCAACAUGGCUCAGCUGAGGCUCAUCGCCAGCUCGCCGGCCUCGCGCUACCUGCACAACCUGCAGGACCGGACCAUCGUGGACAAGUUCAUCAAGGAGAUCACGUCUCUGGCAGAUGAAGGGUGUCCUCUGGCCCAGAGUCAGUGUGCCUGUGAGAAGGGGGAGAGAGGAGCCGUCGGACCACCGGGUAAGAAGGGUCGACCAGGAGAAGAUGGAAGCCCCGGCCUCAAAGGACUGAAGGGUGACGGGGGGCUCAGUGGCCUGCCGGGGCGGGAAGGAUCAGAGGGAAAGCCUGGAUACAAAGGAGAGAAGGGGGAGAGAGGAGAGUGUGGCACGCCGGGAAUCAAAGGAGACAGAGGGCCUGAAGGAACCCUCGGGCCCAGAGGAAACCGUGGACUUCAGGGCGUGGCUGGUCCACCUGGCGAUAUCGGAGUUGAAGGUGCGAUGGGUAAAAAAGGGGACCGGGGACUUCCAGGACCUCCUGGAAUCCAGGGAGAAACAGGGAUCGGCCUCCCAGGACCCAAGGGCGAUGUGGGGUACCCGGGUCAGACGGGGCCCCUGGGGCCUCCAGGACAGGGCGAGCCGGGACCUCCGGGGCCUCAAGGGCCACAGGGAGUCCAAGGAGAGAGAGGGCAGACCGGAGAGGGGCUCCCGGGACCAAAGGGCGAGCGAGGCUUGGAGGGGCCGCGGGGGUCCAGAGGACAGCCGGGCGCCGGAAUCAAAGGAGACAAGGGGGAUUUUGGCCCUCCAGGUCUGCCGGGGCCCGUCGGCCUCACAGGAGCAGGAAUCCAGGGCGAGAAGGGUAUGGAGGGGCCUCGGGGCCCGCCGGGCAGCAGAGGGACCCCAGGAGAAGGUUUCCCUGGAUCCAAGGGGGACCAGGGUCUGCCGGGGGAGGUCGGGGCCCCGGGGGAGAGAGGAGCUGGAGAACCUGGAUCUAAGGGGGAGCCGGGGUCCACGGGGAUGUCUGGCUUACCGGGUCUACCGGGAGAGGACGGGGCUCCUGGACAGAAGGGCGAGCCGGGUCCUGUAGGUCUCCGGGGGGCCGAGGGGGCCCAGGGGAUCGGCACCCAGGGGGAAAAGGGAGACCAGGGUCAGAGAGGGAUCAGGGGUCUGACGGGACCCCCCGGCAUCGCUGGACCCUCAGGACCAAAGGGAGAACCAGGGUCUCAGGGCCGGGGGGGUCCACCUGGUCCAGCAGGACGCUUCGUCUCAGGGCCGAAGGGGGAUCCAGGUCCCAGUGGUCCUCCUGGUCCGCUCGGGGAGACCGGCUACGGACUGCCUGGUCCCAAGGGGGAUCGAGGAGACCCGGGCCCCUCUGGGCCGUUUGGCCCUAAAGGAGACGGUUACCCCGGCCCCCUGGGUCCUCCUGGUCUACCAGGACUUCCAGGAGAACCUGGUCUGGAAGGAGUCGGCAUCCCCGGACCGAAGGGCGACGUUGGCUUCAGAGGACUGCCUGGUUUACCAGGACCUCCAGGCGAAGGCCUCCAAGGACCUCUGGGUAACCCGGGGCGACCGGGCCCUCCAGGGCCAACGGGGCCACAAGGACACGGAGUCCAGGGACCAAAGGGGGAGCAGGGGGCCCAGGGCGUGACGGGGCCCCGCGGCGUCCCUGGAGAAGGAUUCCCCGGAGCUAAAGGGGACCGAGGCUCUGCAGGAGAAAGAGGCCUGAAGGGGAUCAAAGGGGACCUGGGAGACGCUGGGACCCCGGGGACCCCCGGCCGAUCAGGGGUCAAAGGUGAAGCCGGCCUCACUAGGGAGGACAUCAUCCGGAUGAUCAAAGAGAUCUGCGGCUGUGGGAUCAAGUGUAAGGAGCGUCCCAUGGAGCUGGUGUUUGUCAUCGACAGCUCUGAGAGCGUGGGACCGGAGAACUUUGAGAUCAUUAAGGACUUUGUGAACGCGCUGGUGGACCGGGUCACGGUGGGGAGGAACGCCACGCGGAUCGGCCUGGUGCUCUACAGCCUGGAGGUCAAGCUGGUGUUCAACCUGGCGCGCUACGUCACCAAGCAGGACAUCAAGCAGGCCAUCAGGAACAUCCCGUACCUGGGGGAGGGGACCCACACCGGGACCGCCAUCCGCAAGGCCACGCAGGAGGCCUUCUACAGCUCGCGGCUCGGCGUCAGCAAGGUGGCCAUCGUCAUCACCGACGGGCAGACGGAUAAGAGGGAGCCCGUCAAGCUGGACCUCGCCGUGCGGGAGGCGCACGCCGCCAACAUCGAGAUGUUCGCCCUGGGGAUCGUCAACACGUCAGACCCCACGCAGGCCGAGUUCAUGAGGGAGCUCAACCUGAUCGCCUCCGACCCCGACAGCGAGCACAUGUUCCUCAUCGACGACUUCAACACGCUGCCAGCGUUGGAGUCCAAGUUGGUGAGUCAGUUCUGUGAGGACGAGAACGGAGCUCUGAUUUAUAACCGGGUCACGAACGGAUACAACGGAUACAACGGGAACAACGGAUACAACGGGAAUAACGGUAACCACGGCAACAACGGGAACAAUGGGAACAACGGGAGAUACGCCAUCGGAGGCUACGGGUACCGACCUGUGACCGACCAGCACACUGGAACCAGUUCAGGAACCAGUUCAGGAACCGGUUCUGGAACCAGUUCAAGAACCAUCCGAGUAAACUCGACCCAGCAGGGCGGCAGAGGAUCCAGCUCAGGACACGGAGGAGGCGGGCUCGUCGUCACGGAGACUCGGACAGGAAACGAGCGCGGCGACACGUUCAACCGCCACGACUCGGACAGAGACUCGUCCUCCGUCUCUCAGGGCUCCUCCUCCUCCUCCACCAGGACCUCCUCCUCCUCCUCCUCUGUGGUCCACGUGCCGCUACAGAAACCGGCUCUCCCCAAAGAAACGGUGCCCCUGGACCCGCGCUGUGGUCUGGUCCUGGACCAGGGAACGUGUCGGGACUACAACAUCCGCUGGUACUACGACCGGCAGGCCAACGCCUGCGCCCAGUUCUGGUACGGCGGUUGCCACGGCAACAAGAACCGCUUCGACACCGAGGCCGAGUGCAAACGGACGUGUGUGACGGGCAGAACCACCGGAGGCUGAUGGAGCGUCUGCUCCACAUCUGCUGUAGAUACUUGAGGAGGAGCAGCUCUUCUGCAGGGUUUUGUCCAGUUUCUGCAUCAUAUUCACCUCCACUGAUGUCCAGCAGCUCCUCCUGCUCCUCUUAGUCUAAAGUCUUCCUCUAAUCAGUGAACCAGAGAGUCCACACUGCAA